GAACCAAAAUGUCUUCCAAACAAUGAAAAUACUUUUAACCGUGUGACAUCUAGAUCUAUUGUGUACCAUCAAAGAAGCGAAUAACAUGAAAGACAUUCAGAUUAGAACAUUUAGUGUGAACCCUCAAAACCUUUGAGUGUUGUCCGAGAUUGCGAUCCUUGAUGACGUCAUUAAAGAGAGUAGUCCAACUGUGUGGAACAACAAUGUCAAAACCUGGAUAGAUGCACCGCUUUGGAGAGGUCUAGGAAGCUAAGAUAGUACUAGAAGAUGGUGGAGAUAAACUAACAAGACAACGUUGGGGAACAAGAUAAGACACUUGCGAAGACAGUCUUCCAUGGCGAUGAGUAUUCUCUCCGUCAAGAACGAAACGAGCCAACAAAAUAGCCAACAUUUCGAUCAAAAGUGCUGGUCGAAAGGAAAAUGUCACCUUAAAGUCAAGCAGACGACGCCUGGGUACCCGGUGUUCGUUCGCAGUGAGACCAGCGUCCUCUCUACCAAAGGGUACGUCAGCGACGUCGGCUACCUCUCUUCCUCGGAUACGGUGCUCAGCGAUAUCGCUCGCGAGCGUUGCUCUGCGGUUGUCAAGUCCGUUGUAAAGCGAGCGACUUGCCGAGACCCCCGCGACGACCCCAAGUGCGGACCAGUUCUCAGGAAAUCAGCCAAAGCAGAACUUCUCCGAAGAAUUGAGGGUAGUCAACACAGCUCCUCGUUUCCGCAAAAGCAAGCAGCGUCGCAGAGGUUUCCUUGCAAUGUUACAGCAGAGCACAGGUUGUACACGGACACCAAAAGCAUACGUAUCAUUAACAAGAGAUCUGUGUCGUCAUCCAAAUUAAAAGACAAAAGUGAGUACCGCUUCUCAUCAGAUCGAUAUGUCCAAAAGCAAUCGAGAAACUCUGAAAGCGUCAAUAGACCAUGCAAAACAAGCUUCCUUGUAUUGGAACCGGAGAUCCGAAAAUGCCGACAAAAAUAUCCAGAUUCCAAAACGGAAAGACGUUAUUCUGGGUAUAAAGACAUCAAGGAGAUGAAGGCUACUGCAGCUCACAAGUCUAGAUCUCCCGGCAAGAGAAGAAACCUGAAAAUAAUAAUUCCUUGUCGAUCUCACUCGGCCAUCUCUAUCAUCAUCUCCAACGAAAACAAAAACGAAAGCCAUCACGGAGAUCAGCCAGCCAAGAGCGCAGCGGACUCUCAGCAACGACGGGGCUCGCCGAGAAGGUCUCCUCAGAACGACAAACCUCUCGAGGUGAAAGGGAAUGAGCCGGCAAAAGGUGGUCAGGCUGCGGGAGGGCCACGCCACCCGGCGCCUUUAACUGACAAGUGCAAAGAAGAGCGCUCUGCGCCCAAGCCCAAGAGUCAAGCGAAGAACAGCAAACAAGCAGUGUGGCAGAGAGAUAACAGGCCAGCUUCCUCCAUGAUAGCGAAAAAAGCAGUUUUAAAAUGUAUAGCUGAGAAUCCAACGGUAGAGGAGUCAUCACAGCCAAACCCAAAUAAAUCGCCUGAAGGGAAUAAGCCAGCGCAAAAGAACAAGGGUUCAAUGAAACCAAUAGAUGCGCCUGCUGGGUGCAAGCAUAUCUCCUCAACGUCUCCGACAGAAGUGCAAGGACUCAACUCUAGCGACACUAACAAAAAAACGCACACACAUUCUCCCAAUUUUGACGCUAAGACCUCUAACAAACAGCGUCACACAGAUAGUCGGCUAGCAGACGAGCGAAACCAUGACACAUUCAAGGGUUCUAUAAAAAUGACCUUUCACGCCAGGUCCCACUCCUUAGCCAAUGACUCUGAGAGAAUAAAUCAAGAUAAAAAUUCACUCCCUUUACAGCCCUGCCAAGGUGCUAAAAAUAAACACAGCUCAUUUGGAGAAGAGGGUAAAACAAGGGAACACAACUCGUUAAUAAAUCAAAAACAUUACGCAAGCCCAAUCAAUAGAGGCAAGUCUGUUAGAACGAAUCAGGAAAAAGACCAAGCCGUAUCAGAUAUAAAAACAGGACGAGGCAAAAUUCUUCCAGGCCCAGCAGCUCCUCUGGCUAAAGGCAAUGUCACGUCUCCCAAUAAUCCAAAUGCAGGAGUUGUUGAUGUUCGUUUGCUCACAGGCUUCAUGGUGGCGGCGUACACAGAUCCGUUGUCGGAGGCUCAUAAAAGGGACACUACCACUUUGCCCAUAGCUGCAGAACAAGACGCUACGGAGGGCGUCAGCGAUGAUCAAUCUCUUCCCAAGAAGAUGAAACAUGGAAAGGAAGGCUUGGGCAAAGUAAAGGCCGCUAAUAAAACCACAGGGCAGGACCAAACAUACUGCAAUAAAGACGGUCAAUGCUUACAACAAGCAGCUGAUACUGCCGAUGUAGAGUCUAAAAUAGGCCUCCAGCCUAUUUUACCAUCGUUAUGUAUGAACCACAGUAGUGUUACUUCGAGUGAUGCCGGUGAAAGUCCAAUGGUAGGGGAUAAGCUAGUAGCAGACGAUAUUCUGAAACCAGCACCAAUGGAAUGCGAAUCUUCUAAUAUGUUGCCGAUGGAGUAUCCCCCUACUUCUCCCAACAAGAUGGUCCAGCCCGUGUUACAAGACCCCAUAGAAGAUAACAGCUCGAAGCCAGAAACUCAAGAGAACCUCGCAAUAACCACUAAAAACAUUUUAAGCAAGUCCAAAAGAAGCCCUGAAAAAGGAAUUGACACAGCAUUGACUGAUGACACAGAUGCGGCUACCAUCUCGGACAUCAGUGGCAGUGUAGAUGAUAAAUUAAAGAGCGAGUUAAAUGACAUUGUACAAUCAGUGCUACAGUUCCUACAAGAAGAAAAAAAGGACCCCGACUCUUGUGCUCCUGUGUUUAGCAAGUUCCCGCCUUCUGAAAUGGAGUACCGAGCUUUGGGUGCUGAAAGCACUAUCUCCCCCGAUCUACAGCGAAGCACGCCAAGUCCAGUCUCCUCUGAGGUAUCUGAAACAACAAAGGCUCGAAACUACUCUUUAGUUAAAGCACAUCACAGCGCCCCAAGCACGCAUGGCUCCCAUUCAUUAAAAACGCAGCAUACCACGUUGAAUAAGCCCAGUGAAGAAAUCGUCAGCAACACCCAAACGACAUUGCAUUCGCCCGAAAAACUAAAACAUCCUAUAGAAAUACAGAUGUCGGAUGUGCAAAGAUGUUUAAGACCCAGGUCAAAGGCUCACGAUUCACUGCAAAAUGAGUUGCAAGAAAGUUCUGACAAAGCUCUGGAUGUGCAAAGAGGUUUAACGCCCAGGUCAGGGGCUCGCGCUUCUCUGCUAAAUGAGUUGAAAGAAGGUUCAGGUAAAGUUCUGGAUUUGCAAAGAGGUUUAACGCCCAGGUCAGGGGCUCGCUCUUCUCUGCAAAAUGAGUUGAAAGAAAGUUCAGGUAAAGUUCUGGAUGUGCAAAAAUGUUUAACGCCUAGGUUGGGGGCUCGCGCUUCUCUGCAAAAUGAGUUGCAAGAAAGUUCUGACAAAGCUCUAGAUGUGCAAAGAUGUAGGACGCCCAGAUCAAGUGCUUUCACUUCAAUGCAAAAUGAAUUGAAAGAAAGUUCUGACAAAGUUCUGACAAAACAUGCACCGGUAUCCCAAACCAAGAAAACUCAUAUCACUGGAAAUGGAAUUUCAACUUUAGAAAUCUUACCAGCUAAAAUAUCCAAAAAUUCAUUCAACCAACUUGACAGUCCGAUGCCGAGAGACCAUGAAAGAAAUGCUACUGAAAACAGUGUCAAAAGGCCAUCGAACUCGACAAGUGAGGAAAGUUCAGAUUCUUCUUCAGGGCUAAACAAAAUUAUACAUACUCAAAGCAAUAAGAAGCCUACCGCCUUGGACAUUGCAACAAAGGAUACACUAAUGCCGCAAUGCUCAGAUGUCAACAAAAAUGACGACAUUUUGCAAGAUAAAGAGCAAAAAACUCAUUUCGUUUUGCCGUAUAAUCGGCUCAAAGAGAGAAAAGCUCGAAUCAGUAGCCAAGGAAAUGAAAUAUACAUGACCGGCUCAGACACAUCCAUUGUGCAAUCCAAGAGAAUGCUCCCGGCUUCUUCCGUGCAUCGUCUUUUACCCGAAAGAUUCCUCCUUGACACUUCCCACAACGAGCUGGACAUCAAUAGAGAAAAAGAAAAAAUUUCUUGUCGAUGUGCAGCAAUCCAUAGUAUCCUAACAGACUUAAAGCACCAUAUUUUACUAGAUCGUAUUAGUCAAUUCCAGUACGGCUCCUCCGCCACGUAUUCUUCACCAGCCAAUCUGGCUGCUGAUGUGAGGCCGCCGUUUGAGCUCUAUGCCUCGUCACGUUCACCUUUGAGUACAUCGGACACUAUGAAUAGUAAACAGAAUCAUCUACUCAGCCCCUACAAAACUCCGGAAAAGGCCCAUGGGUCCGGCUCGGGGACUGAAAACGAAGGCACUUCCGUUGCGGAUAGUGUAAACCUUAUAGCGUCUAUCAUAAAGAAGAAUGGCAUAGAUCCGCGUGAUGUUUUAAGGGCAUUGGGAUUCAAGGAUGACCAAAUAAAGAUUGCUAACGAUGACGAUGACACUAAAAAAGUGAAAGGCGACCAACGCUCCUUCAUAGAGAGCUACUGUCGUCAGUUGAUACAGGAGUGGCGCCAGCGCGACGUCAAAGGAAGUACAAGAGAAAGUGGAAGUGAGAAUAUGCUCUUGGCUAACGACAGCGUCAAUCAAAAGUCGCACAUAGUAGCACAACUCCCGUCUCCGCCGAAAUACAAAUCAAAGAAAAGUAAAAAAGAAGAACCAAAAUCUUUAAGCACUGAUCACGAGCCGGAGUCUAAGGCGACCAAUAAAGAAAAGUUUAGCAAAUUGGACUUAUCAAGGUCCAAAAAAAGGCCAAUCACUGACGGGACAUCCUACGAUGUCGAGGAAAGAGGCAACCAGGCAGAUGAUGACAUUGGGGAAUGUGAAGACUUAAAUGAUGUCAGAUUGAACUCCCUGUUAACCAAAUUUCGUGGCAUGACCACCCGGGACCUCCUAGAAUUUGCAUUGAGUCACAGGAAUAAGGACAUCAUCAAUAAGCUUAUUGUUCGAGAAGUUUACGAGAGAGCAACACGGAAGCAGGAAGACAACGCAGGGAAUCCUCAGCUGCGAGAGGGGGCUUUACAAUUGUUUUCUCUGCUAAGUGGGCGCUUCAUCAAUAGCAAGUCGGAAUCUUUGAAAAGUAUACUCUGCCCAGCGGAGAAAUCAAAAAGCACAUCCUUGGCCAUGCAGUCAAGCAAAAACGAAUCUUCUUUUAACGAAACAAUAAAGACAUGGAUAGAUGUCAGCAAAGGUUCUUCUCCUGACCAGUACAGCAUUAUGAAAGCGGAGUUCAAAGAACGCGUAAAAGAAAACCAGCGCAUCAUCAAUCAGUGGUCAUUCUCUUCUUUUCGGGAAAUGAAAGCAGAACAAAACUUUCCCAGGCCUGAAUCUUCAAAAUUUAGGCUAAGUACUUUGAAUACGUUGUGGGCUAAAGAACUUAGCCCUAAAAGAAACGACAGCACUCAGACCGAAAGCAGUGCAACUUCAGGAGAGAAAAUGUCUGAAUUGAAGAAGAAUUGUACUAAAAAGCCAGUUCCACUUUCCAGCAGCCCGCCCAAGUUUAACUUAUUAAAGGAACCUAAGCCUUCAGGACGAGAAAGUUUCAAACCAUUUGUAGCUACGGAUAAUGCACUACGCGAACUAAACAGUGGGCCAGCCGCAAAAUUCACCUACCCCUUUGUUAAAAAGUCGGGCACAAAAAACGUCAAUACUGAAGGCGUGGCUGUAUGCUACCUCCGAGCUAGUGCAGUGGAUCGUUCCAGAGAAGUUAAAAUCCGUGAUUCGAGGCUGGAGAGACAAUCAUUGAAAGGAGAUUCAAGCCCUAAUGUAAACUUCAGAAGAGACUCGUUGGAUCACAGUUCUCCAAGCGAGAGAAGCACAGACAGUUCCGAACGAAGUUUUUCUAGUCACAGAAACCAGAGCCUCUUAAAAUACGGUGUUGACCACACGACAUAUUACUCUGAAUCAUGUGAAAUUCACUCGCUUAAAAGAAUAUCAAGGCCGAAGAUUUGGGAUGAGAGUAAGGCUUCCUUGGUAAAAAAAUCGAAGCCAAAAGAGAACGUUUGUAGAACCACCCCUAACGCCAAUGUUCUCUACUCAAACUCUAAUACACUUAUGACAUGCCUGCAAAGUCCGGUAAAGACUAACCCGCUUCCAACGAUUCCUGAAAAACUCGACGCGCAGACCUUGACCUCACCGAACGCCAACUCUAUUUGGAGAGUUCCUAAGAAGGACUGUGAGCCGGGUCAAGAUAAAACUAAAACUAAUGUUGGCGCGUUUGGCAACGCAGAUGUUUUUGACAGUUUAAAGACAGAUAAAUCUGUCGGCUUGCUAGUCAGCGACGCUACAGCUUCUCACAGCGAGGAAGAAGCUGAUACGUCCAACAAAGUCAAGGAUGGGAAGACCAAUCGAGUGCGAUGCAUCGACGAAAGUGUGACUACAGAGAGUACAGCUCAAGAAAGUGUGUCUACAAGAGCUACAAUAGCGCAAGCUCGCUCGGCGAAACCAAUUGCGAAUGAUCCAAACAAGAAAGACCAGAAUCUAAAACAGAGCUCUGUUCGUUCAAACGGGAAAGGCAGCGUAGCGAAUAAGCCGAAAAAAGAGGAAGAGGAGAGGCUGCAAAGAGACAAACACACACAGCUCCACGCGGAUAUGAUUCCAACAAUGAAAAUAUCGAGAGAGAUUCAAAAAAAGAAAAUGCUUUACGAAAAUAAGGAGCCAAAGAGAUUGACAUGUGACAAAGAAAAUAUGACUCGAAUUCCACAUUCUGUGAAUAAAGAAUCCAUUCUAAACAUUCCAGUGGCUGAGCUGCUCGAAAAGAAGCGUCCCAGACUCAGCCCACCUAUAAAGGACAAAGAAGUGUCCGCACAGGGCGAAAUGAUGAAAGUGGAUAACGAAGCACAUCUCCAGCAAACAGGACUAUUCGAAGCACGUCUCCAGCAAACAGGAAUAUUCGAAGCACAUCUCCAGCAAACAGGACUAUUCGAAGCACAUCUCCAGCAAACAGGACUAUUCGCGAAGGCUGAAAUGUCGUUAAAGAAAGAGAAAUCUGAAGAGCCUUUAACACCAAUCUCUAAUGGUGAAUUAUCACACAAUACUCAAGGCGUAGUUUUAAAAGACUCUGACACACAGCAUGAACACGAAGAUUGCCAUCAUAGCACGACUUUAGUUGAUCCUUGUUCUGGCCAGUCGUCUUUGGCUAGUGAUAAAAUACAUGAAACGGUGUCACCUGAUGACACGAAAAAUGUGACACCAUUAAAAACUGAUAAAGACCAUACCGAGGACAAAGACACACGUAAGCUUGACAAAAUGAGCGGUGAAAAUGACGCUUCCCAGACGAAUCCUGACUAUGUUAUCAAGGACACUGCCGACAUAAUCGAUUCGGAUUCCCUCCCUAGCAGUGAAGAUAAAGUAAGUUACAAAUCAAACUUGCCUUUAAACAAUGACCUCCCAGUCAUAAUAGAAGGACAGCAUUCUCAAGUCUCUGCUGCAGACAACCAUGAGCUACCAGCAGUUGUAGGCGUCAGCACAACAUCCGACCCGACAAAAUGUAUUAAAUUUGAUCUUUCCUUUGAUAACUUGGAUUCUGCGUCAGAACACAGUCAAUCGGAUCAGGAAAACGCACUGAGUGUGAACAAGCCUGUAAUCCCUGAAUCGAAUCCAACGAUUGACACUAUUCAGAAAGAUAACCGAGAGAAAGUAAUCGAACAUUCUGAGAAAGGUGUGACCAGGCUGAACGAAGUAAUCUCUGUAAAUAUGAAGACUCACAGUGUGUCCUUCAUUGCUAAGAACAUUCAAGAGAUAUGCGUUCACAAACAGCCGUGUGUAGAUGAGCUUGUUUUCGUAAAUGCCUCUGAUGGUGAAAGAAAAGAACCAGCAAAUGAGCAAGCUCCUGAACGUUCUUCGCAAGAGAAAGCUGAGGGGUACAAUGUUGAAAAGGACACAAGCAUCAAAGAAUGCUCAGAACUAGAGCGCGGUGCAAACAAACCUUCUCUCGGUGAAGACGCCAGACUAGAAGCGUACUUUUUAGGUGAUAACAAUAUUCACACUAUGUAUAACGAUCGAUUUGUGAACGUUGGAAUCAGAGACCCCUUUGUGCUGGAGAACAAAGACAAAAUUGAGGACGCCUUUGUACUGGAGAACAGAGGCGAAAUCGAGGGUGCGUUAGCGCUGGAGAACAAAGACAAAUUUAUGAACGCGUUAGCGCUGGAGAACAAAGACAAAUUUAUGAACGCGUUAGCGCUGGAGAACAAAGACAAAAUUAUGAACGCGUUAGCGCUGGAGAACAAAGACAAAAUUGUGGACGCCUUAGCGCUGGAGAACACGGACAAAAUUGAGGACGCCUUUGAGCUGGAGAAAAAAGACAAAAUCGAGGACGCCUUUGCGCUGGAGAAUAAAGACAAAAUCGAAGACGCCUCUGAGCUUAAGAAAAAAGACAAAAUCGAGGGCGCCUUUGCGCUGGAAAACACAGAAAAAAUUGAGGACGCCUUUGAGCUGGAGAAAAAAGACAAAAUCGAGGACGCCUUUACUCUGGAUAAUAAAGACAAAAUCGAGGACGCCUCUGGGCUUGAGAAAAAAGAUAAAAUCGGAGACGCCUUUGAGCUGGAAAACACAGAAAAAAUUGAGGACGCCUUUGAGCUGGAGAAAAAAGAUCAAAUCGGAAACGCCUUUGCAAGGGAGAACACAGACGAAAUCAAGGUCGACUUUGUUCUGGAAAACAAAGACCAAAUCGAGGACGCUAUUGCACUGGAGAAUCAAUACAAAAUUGAGGACGCCUUUCAGAUGGAGAACAAAGACAGAAUCGGAGACGCCUUUGCGCUGGAGAAUACAGACAAAAUUAAAGACGCCUUUGUGAUGGAGAACAAAGUCGGAAUAAGAGAUACUUUUGCGCUGGAGAACCAAUAUGAAAUCGAGGACGCCAUUGCGCUGGAGAACAAACGCAGAAUCAGAGAUGCCUUUGCGCUGGAGAACAAGGAGAUUCCUAAAAUUAUUGUUGAAAAUACAGAUGAGUUCCUUCGUAAGACCUUAUCUCCGACAGGAAUGGAUUCGGGUCAAAUUAUACCAUUGUCUUUAGCAGAAAGAAAUGAAAUCCUCAACCAACUGUCUCCACAGCUAGACUCUAAAGAAGCAGACAAUUUGCUGACAGUCAAUACGAGAAACAACAUUCAAAAAGCAAAAUCUUCUGAGCAUUGCAGCUCUUAUUGUGAAUUUAUAUCAGAAGAAGACCCCUCGCGACCUUUUGGGCGACGUUCCCCUACAGUUAAAGAAAGAUCACGUUACGUUCCAUUGAAUAGACAUCCAUUUGCUCAGCACCAACCUUUGGGAGACUCUGAUGAGCAGAAUGGACGUGGUCUACAGGGUCGAAAGGGUAGUGCGUCGAUGCCAGUGACUUGUUCUAGCUAUGAAGACAGUUAUUACUUACUCAGCCCUCAUAAACCGUCUUUUCCAAGCAGUCAAAAUGCUACAUUAAAAACUGCUAGAUGGGAAAAUCCAUUUCAAGUGCCCCAUUACCCAGAUGAAGGUACAGAAAUGGAAAAUAUUAUGUCUACAUCAGAAAACUCAGCCUUUAACCCAACAAAAAGUUUCGAGACCCGAGCUAUAAGUUCGUGUCCAAUAAAUUUCAAGCCUCUUCAUAAUACAGAAACAUUGAUUACGAUUGAAGAAAUACCAGGAGACGAGCCCGUGAACCAAGCUGCCUGUAGUAAAUGGGUAGGUGAUACCAUUAUUACCCAGAAACCAGAUGAAAGUAAAGUUCCUCUCUGCAGUGUUUUCCACGAGACAAGACAGUCCAUGCACACCAAUAUACAAUGUCCUUUUACACAUUCUGACCAUUAUAUUGACCAGUGUAACCUGACGCUUUCAUACAGUCAGCUCUCUAGGCGUGCCUACUUACAAACUCCUGAGCAAGCCAGUGUCGUGACCAACACUUCAACGAGUCUUGUGGGAAACACAACGGCGCCUUCUCCGUUGAUGAGCCAGGGAGAUGUAUUCGCCCGAACCGAUUUGGCCAAAGCGGUAGACCAACCGUUAAUAGGAUCACAUCGCGACAUAGGUGCCGAGGCAAACACUUACCAGGCGUGUGGCGAAGACACGGCGAGCGAGGUGUCUUCCUCCGUGGGUAGCACUUCGGCUACCCAAAGUCGUGAGUGGCUUCUCAAUGACGGCUUUAAACGUAGUUACAAGGGCGCUCUUCUUCCAACCCCGAAUCUAGUUGACAAAGCCAAGUGUGUACAUUAUGUCAACCCGAUCGUACAUAAGAGCUCCGUAGACCAAACGCGCAACUUUGCGCAGCAAGUGGAUAUAUUUAACGCCAGUGGACAACAGGUGCAGAGAGUCCAGCCUAUUAAUGUUCACAGCUACCGUAUUGUGGACAGUAAAAGCCAGAGAAGCGAGCACUGUCGUAUGCACGCUGUGGAUCCAGUCAGCAUACAGAGAAACCAAACGAGAGCUGUGGUCGCAAAUAGCAGCAUCGCGGAGGCCUUCCGAUUUCCUCCCCAUGAAAACAUGGACCACACAAACGCUAUUCACGAUGCUGGCUUAAAAAAUAGUCGCGUCAGUGCGGUUGACUACGCGUGCUUACCGAUGAGCCAUUUCAACGGACCGUACUCAUUAAGCGAACAUCGCAGCCUAGGGCAAGUGUAUUAUACAGCUGACCAGCAUAGCAAUCUAUCAACCCCUGUCAACUCUGGUCAUUUUUGCAAAGGCGAAGCGAAUGUUGCAAAUGUGAAUCAUUACAACCACCAAGUAAAUAUGUUUAAUCCCAAUUUCAUACGAAACACAGUCACAGACGGUAGAGGGGCAAUAUUAGCAGACGAUCGAUGGGCAAUUAACGUUUUGGGCAAGCGUAAUGUAAAAUUAAGUCCAGGUGAAAUGAAGCAAGGCAAUCCUAUUAUCACCCACCAAUUAGCAACCAGUUCACAUAAUGAGGCAGACAGAAUCGCACCAAAAAUUCCUAGUAAUUGCUUGAAAGAUUACAGUGUGCACGACGGUAGAACAAACCAGUUCUAUCCGGACAGCAGGCCGACCGUUAAACAUGUCGCAACCCAAAGCGCGAACUUCCAUCUUUCUGAUCAAACUGGGUCAGAAAGUGUUCAAUACAACGUAGGCAAUCAAAUCAAUGCAACUAACGCUUAUGCGAAGCAGGUAAACUCAGCCGAGAUGAAAACAAUACAGACAUGCCGGGAGAACUCAAGCGUUGAAUCUAAUUCAACUUGUGUAAUUCACAUUGGUUCCUCAGACAAAAUAGAAGAACUCCCGAACCAAGACGUUUACACAGGCUUAUUUCCUUUACCGACCGAUUCCGUCAACAAGGGAGAAGAACCGAGACCAAGUGUUUGUGAACCUAAGGAUAGCGACCAGUUAUUUCUCAAUGAAACUCUGCAGACGAACACGGACUAUUUACAUACCAAUCAAAGCAAAAUAAAUGAUCCAUGGAACGAGCAUUGUUUUAAAAUUAGCUCUUCGGAUACAAAAGUUCAGCUUCAGUUUAACCAAGUUGACACCGCAGACACGCACAGCCAUCAAACGAGAGAGUCAAAAUGUAUUGAAGCACUUUGUCGUCUGGUGAAGCCGACGACUUUAGUUACGUCAGCAAGCCAAGAUAUGCAACGAGAAAUUUUUGAUCCAGCGAUGAGUUUAGAUAACGCGCGUAUUGUCAAGUCUGCGGAUUCAAUUGCGAAAUCCCAAACUAACGACAAAAAGUGCCAUGAUCCAAAAAUGGUCGAAAAGGGAAACGAUAUCAGCACAGAGUGUAGCCAGAUUAAAAGUGUAGAUCCCCUAAUCUUAAAUGAUAGCCCAGUUAAAGAUACCACAUUAGAUCAACACAACCAAAGCCUCGGAUUGAACCAGCAGGAAUUAUUGAAAUUCGUCAAAGAAUAUUUUCAAACAAAUCCGCUUUCGCCCGAGUCAAACUCUGUAAGUCCUGUGUGUUUGGUCAUUCUACCGCAGAGCAUGAACGCUACUAGUGGACCAAAUGCUGUGGCGAUUUCGAGUCCCUUGGAGAAGCAGAGUCAGGGUUUUGUUGAGGAGGAGUCCACUAGUAGUCCUAGUUCAGCAAGCAGCUCGGUUAACCAAGGUACUGGGCAACCCUCUAACUCCAAUACUCUUCAUCCCCUCGGCGAAACAGAUCAGAUGAAGUCACGGUGCGUAUCUCCCAGUGACAAAAAUGACCAUACAUCAGCGUCUCUAAGUGUGGAGGAUGACAGUCCCAGCAGUAACAAACGAGAUUCCGAGCGUAGUUUUUUCGCUUCAAAAAGAAGCAGUGCCAAGAUCCUCAAUACAAAUGAUAUUAAUAACAAAUCAGAAGCCGCGUUAGAAAGUCAAAUAAAACCGAAUGCUCAGACAAGAAGUGGUUCUUUAAUUCCCAGUCAAGAAAAGGCAAGUCUGGAAACUACGGUGAACGCUGCAGAAAAAAUUGCAAUGUAUUACGCUUCGACAUUUAGCACCAAGGAAUCGGAUAAAACACAUCUUCCUGAUUCUCUACAUGUGGAGGCAUUACAAAAAUACAAUGAUAUAAAGGAUAACAAAAAUAUUACCACUGACGUAAGCGUCAAUACGCCUCCAUUAACUCAAAAUAGUGAAUCACAUGACAUUUCCAGGCAUACCCCCGUGUCUCUCCCUUGGUCGCCUUCUUUGUCUAGUCAAACUACAUCAGAAGCUUCUAGCUUAGACAAGUCGCAAACGUUGCCCAACAUUGACCAGUUCAAACCUAGAUCUACCCAACAAUCCUCCAUCACAACUAGAGUAAGGACUCCUUCUUUGUCAGAGCAAGUCGUAUCUCCAAAGAAAUGUGUUUGUGACCCAAGCGACUCUGUCCAAAAAGAUGAUGAAAGCGCUGCACCAGAGUCAUCCAAUAAAACGGGAUGUGAUUCCAACAUUCAAGACAAUGAGCCUACUUAUUAUUCGACUUCAAGUGGGAAAGAGAUCGAGAUACACGCCCAGUUGGUCAGAAAAGCUAUAGAAGAAUGGAAACAAGGUGCUCCAAAACAAUGUCAGGAAAAGCCGCAAGGAUCUAGCAUAGGAAAAAUAAACAUUAAGGACUUUGUUAAUUUAAUUGAACAUCAUCCUAGCCGUUCUGCUGGCUCGCAAAAGCACGAAAAGUCGCCUACCAAAUUGUGCCAUGUAAAUGACGUUUCGCCAUCACAUGCUCAAACUAGAAAGACAACUAUCAGUACCGGGAGAGGCCAGGUGAAAGCAGACAUAGAAAGAGUGAGAUCACAAGAGCAUUCUCCCAUCUCGUCAUCACGUGACAGCGCGUCCCCGAACAAGGUCUCUGAUCUUGUUAAAAUGUUUCUGGGCAACAAGAGUCCUAAAAACGUACACGGGGAAUGUGAAGAGGACGAUUUGAAGCCUAAACCAAGAAAAGAUUUUCCUCUCACGGUUACUGAUAGAAGCCCUGGGAUUGCUUAUCUGAAAGCCAUAAAGAACCAACUUAACUGCCAGAUUUCCUCACCACAAAGAGAACACGCUUUGAGCCCCUCCCGAAAAGAGAAUCAGGUCAAAGUUGAAAGAGAAAGUCCAUCAUUCAAUGUGGUGAGCAAUGAUGCUUCUGAAACCAGAGAACAUCUGGCCAGAUUUUCAAAGCACACUUUAAGCAGCAGUCAGAGGGAAUUCCGCUCGCCAAACGAAACGCUGGCUAAGUCGAUUCGGGCAGCCAAACUGGACUCGCAGACCAUUUCUUUUUCUGAGAGUUUGUCCAUCAAGCCUAAGCCAGUGUCUCCUAGACCCAAGUCCUUGCCUGCCUUCGUUUUAAGCGACAAUGUCGAAAUCUUUGAGAACAUGUAUAACUCUGAUACAAUCGCUCUGGACAAUGACAAAGGUUUACCACAUGAGCUGGGGGAUAACUCUGACAGCACAAGCAUUGAACCACAACUGGCUACGAAAUCAGAAAUAGCCAAUCAAAACGAACCAUCUAGAACAGUUAGGUGCCUAAUUACGAAGUCCCCGUUAAAACCAAAGAAGCUUGUAGAAGAAACCCAGCCAAAACACAGUUCAUCAACACGAAGAGAUUCUAAAUAUAGCAGUCCGGAGAACGACCGCCAUGUUUCAAAUCCUAGCGACGCCAAUCUUCCAUUUGUGCUAAACGAACGUGAGUUUAAGCAGAGGAGCAACACUGCAGUCAGCGAGUCAGACGACUAUAGCAAAGCAUCUCCGGAGUGGCUGGAGCAGAGGGGGCUGAAUGGUGCAGCCAACAAGGAAGAAGGUAACUUGUACAACAGCUGCGUGUACCUGCCAUGCGCCAACAUCGCUUCUGUGCAGGGCGUGUCCGAUUCGAGUUCCGACCUGACCAUCAAGUCCACCUGCACCUUGAAUGGGGAGUACUCCUCAUCCGCCGAUGAAAUGGAAUCUGCGGAGUUAGCGCUAGAGAACAGACCAGGCAGCUCAUCCGUGUCUGAAUCUUUCCACUCGUGUAAUUCCGUGAUUCAGUGACACUGCAGACACACGAUCUUUUUUUUUAUUCCUUUUUUUCCCUUCAACGAAAGGAAUUAAAUGUUUCUCUCCAUCUUUGUCCAUCGACAAACUAAAAGAAUGUUAGCUUAUUAAAUAUCUCGUGACUCA